AUGCGCAGGAUGUCGCAGGCAUCUGCGGUCGCUGCCUCAGGGGUCACUUCGGCGGGAGAGCUCGCGUCGGCCUCGGGAGCCGAGAAACACGCGAGACUCGACGCCUCAAGCGGAAAUGAGGCAACCAAGCCGCGUAGUUGCGUGGUAUGCCGAAGCCGGAAAGUUCGCUGCGACAAGCGGGCACCAUGCUCGAAUUGCCGUCGGGCGAAUAUCGCCUGCGUGCGUCCACCAGCGGACCGUCAACCGAGAUGGGCCCGCCGUCUCAACUCGGCCAACAGCGCGGGUUUCGACUCACAGGCAGCAGACGGGAUGAUGCAGAGAAUUCGCAACCUUGAAACCCUUGUUCAUGAGCUACGUAAUCAGUUGGAACAGGCGAAAUCAGUAAGUCAGUCCGUUGCUGGAGGAUCAUCCGGGGUUGGUUCGCCUGAGGGCUCUAUGCAUGACCGGUUAUCAAACCCAUCUUCCCUUGAUACUGCCAACGUGGAGAGUCAGUUUGGGAGACUCGUGCUACAGGAUGAUAAUUCAAGCCGCUACAUCAGUAGUGGGUUUUGGUCUCGGAUCAAUGACGAGCUUGAUGGCCUUAGGAAAGAUGCUCAUACGUUUCCGUCGGGAAACUCAGAGAUCUCAGAUGAUGAGUUGACACCGGAUAGUAUCCCUUCUACUCAUGAACUUGGGCGGACUCCUGCAGAGCGUCACGGGUUCUUAUUUGGGCACAAUCUGCGCUACUGUCCCCCCGAUCUGACCGGCUUUCAUCCACUUCCGUCUCAAAUCCCCUUCUUGAUAGACGUAUUUUCCGAAAAUGUCAACAUCAUUUUCCAAAUACUCCAUAUUCCCACUGUUAAGAAUAUGGUUCGCGACUGGCGCGGCCGUGAAAUGAAGGGAUUGACCCCGGCCAACGAGGCUCUAAUGUUUUCUAUUUACUAUGCCGCUAUAACAUCUAUGGAGGCGGAUGAUGUACUACUCAAUUUCGGAGCCACAAAAGCGGAGGUCAAUCUCAAAUAUCGCCAAGGCCUGGAGCAUGCACUUGCAAGGGCUGACUUUCUGAAUGUGCCGGAUCUGGUUCUUGUGCAGGCAUUCGCCAUAUUUCUAGCUCUCGUGGGUCGACAUGAUAGCUCAAGAUUUGUGUGGAUGAUGACAGGCCUGGCUAUUCGAAUGGGUCAAGCUCUGGGUUUGCACCGUGAUGGGACACGGUUCAAUCACCUGACUCCGUAUGAGAUCGAGAUGCGACGAAGAUUAUGGUGGACAUUGUGCUUGUUGGAUGUGAGAGUAUCCGAAAGUCAAGGCACCGACUAUACCAUCGGAGACGGAAGCUUUGAUACUAAAAUGCCUCUGAAUCUCAAUGACACCGAUCUAGACCCUGAAUCGAAGCAAGCGCUCCAAGCCCACGAUGGAUUGACUGAUAUGUCCGUUGCACGCGUCUCGUUCGGCAUGUGCGCAGUCACACGGCAGAUGAUGGCCCAAAGCUCCAAAACCGAGACCCCAAGUUUAGAGGAGCAAAGCCGGUUGUUACAAAAGAUAUACCGAGACCUUGAACGAGAGUUUCUUCAACACUCAGCAGAGUCAGGGAGCAUCACUUAUUGGGUGAUUGUCAGGGUUGCUCGGCUCGUUAUGGCUAAGAUGACUCUACUAAUAUACAUGCCUUUAUUAUUUGUCUCGCCAAAUGAGGAAUGUUCUGAGGAGCUUAGGACAAAACUCUUGGUAUCAGCUAUUGAGGUUGCCGAGUACAACCACAUCCUGAACAACGAACAACAAUGCCGCCACUGGCGCUGGGUAUUCCAAACCUAUACCCAUUGGUACUCCAUCGUCUACAUGAUGAUAGAGAUCUCUCGACGUCUGUGGUCAGCUCUUUCCGAGCGGGCCUGGGUGGCGCUUCAUAGUGUUUGGCUGAUACCCGCUCGAUCAUGCAUGGAAAAUAACUUACGCAUCUGGGUUCCACUUCGACAGUUGAUGGACAAGGCUAGAAAACAUCGAGAAAUGGAGCUCGGACGGUUGCGAACUGACCCCGAAGCUGCUCAAAGGUUAGAGCAGAUCUAUCGUAUAUAUCCUUUGCCAUCAAGUCCGGGACCGUUUCUGCCUGGAUCGAAUUCUGCCGACCUUUUCCUUGAGCGAUGGUGCCAGUUGGUGUCAACCCCGGAUAAAGGAGGGCAUACCAUGGGAACGUCAGAUUUUGCGGAUGUCUUAACCCCGUCAAAUUACCACAUCGAUACCACCCAGCCAAGGGUUGAUUCUGCCUCCUCUGUUCAGAACCUCUGUUCAACUUACACCGUUGAAUCGGUAUAUCCUGUCGCCGAUGCGCGACACCUCGGGUACAAUAUAUCACACGCCAAGUCUGCCGACUUCUUUUCGACAGAUGCUCCCAAUGCAGGCGACACGUUUGGAUCGGAAAACUCUGCUGCUCCAAUAUCCAACUAUCUCCCGACAGUACGAGAAGAACAGCUCGGUGGCCAACCCGCUGACCCAGCCGUUGCCCCUUGGCUAUGGCCCGAAGGAGAGAUACCAACCAACCUCACAAUGACUAGUAACGGACUACCUGAUAUCAGCAUAGGCUUAGAUGAUGAGGUAAACUGGUACAAUUGGGUCGACGCCGCAAAGGAUAUGGAGUGCGAUAGGGGGCUUUCUGAUGGGCCAAUCUAG